AUGAAAAGGCGCCCGGGUGGCUGGCGGAUGGGGCGGGGCAGAGAACGAGCUAUGGCGACUCGAGGCGUUCGUCCACAGCGGGAGAAUGGACGAAGUCAGACAGACCUGUUAAUCAUCCCCGUGUUACUCUUGUUCCUCCCAGGCAUGACGGGUGCAUCAUGCUGUUACCUUGCGAAGAAUAACUUAAUGUGUCAUGAUGUUUGUGAACUGAUUUUGGCAUCUAAGAGCGAUUCUCAUUUGAAACACUUGUUGCAACGUGCUCCUGAAUAUUGUCCAGAAUCAAUGAGAGAGGUUUGGGGCUGUAUAAAUUCCUCUUUGCCAGGUGUUUUGAAAAAAUCUGAUGGCUGGGUUGGCUUAGGGUGCUGUGAAUUAGCCAUUGCUGUAGAAUGUCGACAAGCAUGUAAACAGGCAUCUUCAAAAAAUGAUAUUUUGAAAAUUUGCAGGAAAGAGUAUGAGAACACUCUUUUUAGUUGUAUUAACAAAAAUGAAAUGGGAUCAGUUUGUUGUAAUUAUGCUGGCCAUCAAACAAAUUGCUGGGAAUAUUGUCAAGCAAUCUUUCGAACAGAUACUUCUCCGGGCCCUUCCCAGAUAAAGACUCUUGAAAAUUACUGUGUUUCUGUGAGCCCAAUGUUACUGAAUUGUGUGAAUAACUAUACACAGUCCUAUCCAAUGAGAAAUUCGACAGAUAGUUUAUACUGUUGUGAUAGAGCUGAAGAUUAUGUUUGCCAAACAGCUUGUAAAAGGAUUCUGAUGUCAAUGAAAACAGAACAUGAAAUUGUGGAUGGGCUUAUUGAAAGCUGUAAAACAAUGCCUCUUCCACAGGAUCCACUUUGGCAAUGUUUCUUGGAGAGCUCUAGAUCUGUUCAUCCUGGAGUGACAUUGCAUCCACCACCUUCAACAGUUCUGGAUAGUGCUAAGUUGCACUGUUGUUCCAAAGCAAAUACUUCUUUGUGCAGGCCUACUGAACUCUUCAGGAGCUGCAAUGCCCAAUCAGAUCAAGGAGCUAUGAAUGAUAUGAAACUUUGGGAAAAAGGAAGUAUUAAGAUGCCUUUUAUAAAUAUCCCUGUCCUUGAUAUUAAAAAAUGCCAACCAGAAAUGUGGAAGGCAGUUGCUUGUUCACUGCAAAUUAAACCUUGUCAUAGUAAAUCUAGAGGAAGUAUUAUUUGCAAGUCAGAUUGUGUAGAAAUUCUCAAAAAAUGUGGAGACUUAAGCAAAUUUCCUGAAGGACAUAUGGCUGAAAGCAUCUGUGAACUUUUAUCUCCAGCUGAUGAUUUAGAGACUUGCAUACCUUUAGAUACCUACCUUCAUCCAAGUACAUUGGACAACAUUGUAGAAGAUGUUACACAUCCCUGUAACCCAAAUCCCUGUGCUGCAAAUCAAUUGUGUGAAGUAAACAGAAAGGGAUGUCAGCCUCUUGAACCUUGUCUUCCCUAUUUUUGUAUUCAGGGCUGCAAAUUGGGUGAGGCCUCUGAUUUUAUUGUUCGUCAAGGUACACUCAUCCAAGUACCAUCUUCUGUUGGAGAUGUUGGUUGCUAUAAAAUUUGCACAUGUGGGCAGAAUGGUUUGUUAGAAAACUGCAUGGAAAUGCAUUGUAUUGAUCUCCAAAAGUCAUGCAUUGUUGGAGGGCAAAGAAAAAGCCAUGGAACAUCUUUUAAUAUAGACUGCAAUGUUUGUUCAUGUUUUUCUGGGAAUUUGAUAUGCUCCACUCGUCAGUGUCUAAAUGAAUUAAGUUCAGAUGAUGAACGCCAUCUAUUUACAGGCUUGCCAUGUAACUGCGCUGAUCAGUUUGUCCCAGUAUGUGGGCAGAAUGGACGUACUUAUCCAAGUGCAUGUAUAGCACGUUGUGUUGGGCUACAUGAUAAUCAGUUUGAAUUUGGGUCCUGUAUUUCUAAGGAUCCUUGCAACUCUAAUCCCUGCCCCAAAAAUCAAAGAUGUUUACCAAAGCCACAGGUUUGUUUAACAAGUUUUGAGAACUUUGGAUGUAACCAAUAUGAAUGUGUCCCAAGACAAUUCAGUUGUGGUGACCAGUUGCGAGAUCCUGUUUGUGACACAGACAAUAUAGAAUAUAAUAAUAUCUGUGCUCUGCAUCAAAAAGGAAAAAUUAUAUCAUACAAAGGUCCAUGUCAGUCCUUUUGCAAAUCAGUAGAUUUUGUAUGUGGCCAUAAUGGGGAAACUUAUAGCAACAUCUGCGCUGCUUUUUCUGAUCGUGUGGCUGUUGAUUACAAUGGACUUUGUCAAGCUGUUGGAGUCCUUUCUGGCUACAGUUAUCAAGGAGAAUGUGUAUCUGUUACAUGUUCCCAUCUUUCAGCCACAGGAUACAAGGCAGUUAUCCCUCCAGGAGCUUGUUGUCCUUUGUAUGCAGGAAUAUUGAGGGUCUUAUAUGACAAAGAAAAAUUGGAUACUUUUGCCAGGAUAACCAACCAAAAGCCAAUCACAGUCCUUGAAAUACUUCAAAAGAUCCGUCUCCAUGUUUCUGUACCACAGUGUGAUGUGUUUGGAUAUUUCAGCAUAGAAUCUGAACUUAUAAUUCUUAUCAUUCCUGUUGAUCAGAAUCCUAAACCUCUUCAGAUUGAAGCAUGCAAUAAAGAAGCAGAAAAGAUAGAAUCACUGAUCAACUCUGACAGUCCUGCUUUAGCAUCCCAUGUACCUCUCUCAGCGCUUAUUGCAGCCCAGGUGGAAGUUUCAUUCAAGAUGUCUUCUUCCCGUAGUCAAGUUAUAUUAGCAGACUAUUUGGUCUUUUGGAACCUUGUGCUAAUUUUUUUAGCUAUCAAGUAUAAUACAUAGUAAAAAUAUAUGCAAGUAAACUUUAGUAUUUAUUUUGCGAAAGACAUUCAAAUCAAGUGAAGUAACAAUGUCAUAGUCUAUGGACCAACUUGUAGGCCCACAAGGUUUGCUUCACAGAAUUCCAACUCUGGCAUUUUAAUUACAAAAUUGGAUUAUUAUUUGGCAUUAACUUAAUUUUUAAUAUACUGUAAAAUAGCAAAUAAACAGUGCCGUACAAUAUAACCAAGUCCUGAAUACAACAAAAUUUUUCUGUAAUGAAGAUAGCAUAAAAUGUCACUGUGCUGCUUCUGUAUACACAGUAAUUUCUUUUAGCCUUGUUCAGUCAGGCUUGUAUGGAAAUAUCUACUGUAAGGUUUUUGAAUGUCCUGGCAAGGGAAGUUAAACUGGCUUCAAGCCUCUGUAAAUGGAAAAUAAUUUUUAGUCAGAUAGCUUGCUGUUAUUGUGGGUCUUGUAAUUUCAUAUGGGAGUGUUCAAUUAUUUUUUAAAAUUAUAAUUUUAAUGUUUUAACCAUGUUUGAUCAUUAGAUGCCUUAAUACAUAUAAUUUUAGUGGCAAAGCAAACUAUAAAUUAAAUCAAUAAAUUAUUAAAUACUAUUGGAUAUUUUAAACUCACAAUAUUAAUAGGACGCAUUAAAUGAGUGUAUAUUUACACUCAUUAACAGAUAUAACUCUAGCAUAUUUUUCAGUUUUCUGCUGUCAAAAGCCUUAAUUUGCACCUCAGCACCCAAAUGUCAGUAUAAGACAGGCACUUUUUUUGGGAAGCAUUACUUUUUUAUUAAGCACAUGCUCAGUUGCAUUUUUACCACCACCCCUCCUGCCUUAUAUAAUAAUUCUAAACCUAGCUUAUCCAAAGAACGUUAUUAAGCAGAAUUAGAACUGCGACAUAAAAAUUAAAAACAUAGAUGCCAAAUAAUAUAUGCUUUCCUCAUAUUAUGGAAGUAUGUUUUGCUCUGUGCUAUGCAAGGAUAACCAUACUGUAUAUGUCCAUGACAAUUUCUAUUUUUUACCCAUGCAUAUAGGUCAAAUGAUCUAUAUAUAAUAAAGAUUAGUCCAGGUCACAGUUUUGUGUAUGUGAACUCUUUGAAUAUACUGAAGCAAGGUUGGGUUAAAAUAAUUGUUUUCAUUUUCUUUGAAGAUGAAAUAGAUGUUUGCAUAUGUAUGUAUUUUGUGUAUAAUUUUCACAGUUGAAACAUAUUUUAUAAGGUUAGAAUUAUUUUUAUAUUACUUUGCAGAAGGGGUGCAAAAGGUACAGCUGGAUGUCACAUGCACCCCUCAGUGCAAUCGAAAUAGCACUGCCCUGGUUUAGAGGUAUAUUAUUCAGAAUAUCCAUUUUAAACAUUAGAUUUUGAUGAAAAAUAUUGCUGCUACUUCUGCUAAAUAAAUGUACCAAAAAUGAAUACAUUUUCAUGUAGAAUCCUAGAAUCAUAUUCCUGGAAGUAAAUUCAUAAUGAAGAAUAUAGCCAUGAGCCUUGUUCUGCAAAGAAUGUGAAGUAAAAUUAUUCGUGCAUAGAAGGAUUUGCUGAAUACUGUUGCCCCAUUAUCAGUCAUGUUUUAAAUUAGUUUUCUUUCUUUUGUUUAAAAUAUAUAAAAGCUGCAGAUUGAAUAAAAAAUAUUGUUUACACUGACUUUUUUUGAAAAUGAUAAGGAGCAUUAAAAUAUUUGUGAAUGUCACUCUAAAUAAUGCAGUAUUUGUAUAUUAUAUUAGAUACUUAGGUAAAGAUUUUAUACUAUUUACACUUCUAUUUUAUGCAAAGUGUGUAUUUUAAAUCAGACGACAAAAUCCAAGAGGAAAGUUUUUGUACAAAUCAUAAACAUAAGCUAUUCAGGUGCUAAAAAAGAUUUACUACAUAAUAAUCUAUUGGAUUAUACUUUUACACUUUUUGUGCACCUGAUCUUUUCUAAUAUUUUGUUAUCAGUAUUAUUAGAAGUUAUUUUGAAGUAUGUAUGGAUAGAAUCAUCUGUGCCAAAUUGUUAAAUAUUUUAAAAAAUGAAAACUUAGCAUUUCUGUUAGCAAUAAUUUGUGACAAUUAUCUUAUUUUGAUACUUAUAAAUAAGAAA